GUUGCUACACUUAUCUUAGUUUCUAGGACUUUUUAUAUCCAUACGUUGUAGUAUAAUUAUCAUGCUUUUGUGAAUUUGUUAUUUCAAGCCAGAAAAUUAAAAAAAAAUAUGACUCCAAAAAAAAGUUGGUCUUCUGUAUUGUUUUCAUUAUGUAUGGCACUUACUCUAUUGAUGAUUUCCACAUCAACAAACGCUCAAACAGGGUUUAACCGUGUCUGCUCAAACAACACCUUGUUCACCAACAACAGCCAAUAUCAAGCCAAUCUCAACACCCUCUUUCGUUACCUCUCCUCCAACGCCACCAACCCCUCCGGCUACUAUCACGCCGUUUCAAAUAACGGCACCUCCGCAAACGAGCCUGUUUACGGCCAUUUCCUCUGUCAAGGGGACGUGAACGCCAGCGCGUGCCACGACUGCGUUACAACGGCCACCAUCGACCUCCGAACAUACUGCCCAAUCCAAAAAGUUGCCGUCAUAUGGUACGACUAUUGUAUGGUAAGGUAUUCAAACCAGUCAUUUUACGGUACAAUGGAUGACACUAUAGCGGUGAUGGCUCCAAAUAUGUAUAAUAUAACGGGUAAUACAACCCGAUUUAAGGAAAUUCGGGAUAAUUUGCUGAUCAAUGAUAUUUCAGUUCGGGCUGCCUCUGGAGGGUCACAAAAGAAAUUUGCAACAGAUUUUGCAAAUUAUACAAUUUUUCAAACAAUAUAUGGUUUGGGGCAAUGUACACCAGACUUGGGCAACGAUGAUUGUUAUAGAUGCUUGGAAAAUGGUAUUGCGCAGUUUAGGAUGACUCAGGGUGCACGAGUUUUGCUGCCUAGCUGUGUUGUACGUUAUGAGUUUUAUCCUUUCUUUAACUUAUCGUCGCUGCCACCAGCACCGCCAGCAGCAGCGCCACCAGCACCGCAACCUUCUAGUGAUUCAACCAACUCUAGUGGGCAAACAAUCUCAGCGAAGGUGAUUGUUGCCGUUGUCGUCCCGUCACUGGCCGUCAUAGUGGCAAUACUUGUUAUAGGCAUUUGUUGCACCAAAUACAAGAAAACUAAGAAGUAUCACGACAUUCCUAAAACUGGUGUACUCAAUCUAGUAGUAGCCAAACUUCAACAUAGGAAUUUAGUGAGGCUAUUGGGAUUUUGUAUUGAAGGGAAAGAAAAGUUACUGGUGUAUGAAUAUUUGCCCAACAAGAGCCUUGACUAUUUUCUUUUUGAUCCUGAAAAUGAAGGAAUACUUGACUGGCGUACACGUUACAAGAUUAUAAGAGGCAUAGCUCGGGGAAUGCUUUAUCUCCAUCACGAUUCUCAACUAAAAAUUAUACAUCGAGAUCUUAAGGCAAGUAAUGUCUUGUUGGAUGCUGACAUGAAUGCCAAAGUUUCAGAUUUUGGCAUGGCAAGAAUUUUUGUUGUGGAUCAAACCCAAGAUAACACAAACAGGAUUGUUGGAACAUAUGGCUAUAUGGCUCCCGAGUAUGCAAUGUGCGGACAAAUCUCUAACAAAUCAGAUGUAUACAGUUUUGGCGUGUUAGUGUUGGAAAUAAUUAGUGGCAAGAAAAAUAGUUCAUUUUAUCUAUCCGGAGAAGCACAAGACCUAAUAAGCUAUGCAUGGAAACAGUGGAGAAACGACUUGUCCUCAGUAUUCGUAGAUCCAACCAUAAGAGACUCGUGCUCAAUGGCCGAAGUAACGAGAUGUAUACAUCUCGGAUUGCUAUGUGUUCAAGAAUCUGUAGAUGAUAGACUAACUAUGGAAACAGUAGUCCUCACACUAGAUAGUUAUUCAGUUAGUCUUCCGUUGCCUGAAGCUCCGGGUUUAUUCAUAAAGAGUAGAGUUUCAAAUAAGGAGAUCGGUUCUGAUCAAUCAUCAGCACCGUGGUCGACGAAUGAUGACUCAAUCACUGAACUCGAGCCUAGGUAAAGAAAAACUAGAUCAAGAAAUGGUCUUCAAGAAUCAUUGACCCCACAAUGCAAUUUUUCUUCAAAUGCUUUGGGUUUUUCAGAUACAUUCCAAAGAACGCAAAUUGCGACCUUUAUCACUUUUGUUUUUGAGAAACUUCUAAUUCCAUUUCAUGUCUAUGAGGCCUAAUAUAAUUGUGUUUCCCAAAUGAUCACCAAUAUAUUUUUGAUUUCUG